AUGACCACUCAUAGCCCGAAUCGCAGCUUGCCGCGUUUGGCUGCUCAUCACGCUUCACAACACAGUGCCGCUUCUGUCCAUACCCUUGCCGAGCGUACGGGGUCCGCCGCGGACAAUAAUUACUCUAAGUCCUCGACCUCGAGCGAUGCGCCGGACGAACGCGACGACAAGCCCGGGCUGUCCCCGGGCUCGAACCUGGUCGCCCGUCUCGCCGAUGUCCCUAUACGACAACACGGUCGGCAGAGCUCCGUCCUCGUCGAGCCGCUCCUGAUAUACUCGCACAAGGCCGAGACGCAUCGAAGCCGCAUGCGACACCACCAGAGCCUGACCAGGCAGGCGCGUCUCGAGGCGAUCCGUCAGGCCCAGCUGAAGCCGCUGCCCGACUGGCGAGUGAUUCUCCGGAACCUGACGGCUUGGACGCCCGAUGCGACUCCCCCAGACGGUGCGAAGGCAGACGUGAGCCCGGCGGAAGUGUACCGCCGAGAUGCAGUCAAGGUCGUCGUUCCCGAGACUGCGGUCGCGGAGCUCCUCGGCGGCGUGGACCACAACCUCUGGGACAUUCGCAAGCGAACCGGCUGCGAGCUCAAGCUGUAUCGCUGUAUCGAGCAAGACGGCUCUUCAGCACUGCUCCUCUCUGGAACCGAUCGAGCCAUUGCUCGGGCAGUGACCGAGUUACUGCGACAUACAAAAGGGGCGGCGGUGACGCCGUCGGAUGGACUCGCAUUGUCUAAUCAGGACGGGAAGGCGGAUUCGAAGUCUGACAAGUCUACAUCGGCAAUCAUCUCCACCGAGAUAGACCGAAAAGCAGAGUUCGAACCAUAUCUCCUCACACGGAGCGCAAACGACAUCCCGAAGCCGGCAGUCUGGACCAAGGAAUCUUUCCUCGGUUACGUCGCCGCCUUGGUCAAGGGUCAACUGGCGCCUGAGCUCGCAGCCAAGGUCUACCCAGGAGGCGCCACACACGACGACACCGUCAUAGCACUGCUCCACGGGGUUUUCAACGAAGAGGGCACGCGCUCGGCCCUUUCGACAUCGGCAUUCAAGAUGGCCCUGGCCUUCAUGGCGCAGAGGGGCCAUCGGCAUCGCCCAGACGCCCGCGCGCUGUACGUGCGCAUGGAGAUGUUCGGCCUGCCCAUGGACGUCGAGACGUACAACAUCCUGCUCGCGUCGACGGCCAAGGUCAGGGACCUGCGCAACUUUGACAGCACGCUCCGCCUGAUGAACGGCCGCGGCUUCGCGCCGGACCUGACUACCUGGAUCCUGUUCAUGCGCGUCAUGGAGAGCGAGGAGGUCAAGCGCUACAUCAUCCACUCGAUGAGCUCCAAGGGCCUGCUCGACGCGCCCGCCGCCGUCCGCCUCGUGGCCAAGGAGAUGGUGGCCUUUGACAUCGACCGCGCCGUGCAGCAGAACAUGGACGUGCCGGCCUUCCUCGCCGAGCAGGAGUCCCGCUACGGGCCCGCCUGGCUCAGCCGCGACGCCGGCAACAAGGUCCUCGAGGUCCUCGGCCGCUACGGCAGGUUCGACGACUGCUCCGCCUUCCUCGACGUCAUGGCCCGCGCCGGGCCGGCCGCCGGCCCGGACGUCGUCUCCUUCAACACGGUCCUCACGCACUGCAAGGUCCAGCACAAGCUCGGCACCGCCAUCUGCACCCUCCGCCAGAUGGAGCGCCUCGCCGCCGCCGCAGCCCAGCAGCCGCGGCGGACCGCCAAGAAGAGGAAGCCUCUCGCGCCCGACGCGACGACGUACCACCUGCUCUUCGAGCUCGCCUGGCGCCGUCGCAUGGUCUCCCUCGUCGGCGCCAUCUGGCGCUACGCCUCCCUCGCCCGCGCCACGAGCUUCCGCAUGCGCCGCCGGGCCGCAGCCGCCCUCUCCUCCUCCUCGUCACCGGCGGCCACCGGUAGGAUGAUCACGGCACGAGCCAUCCUCGACGACGAGGCCCGCGCCGACGGCGAGAGCGCCCGCCUCCUCGCUGCCGCUGCCGCCGGCGGAGGCGGAGGCGCAGCCAAGGGCAACAGCAGCAGGAAGAACAAGAGGGGCCCGUCGUGGAGCCGGCUCGGCGCCGCGGCGAGCCGGUACUACGCCGAGCGGUACGCCGGGUGGGAGCCCGCGGUGCCGCUGGGCGAGGUACUCGCCGAGGCCCUGGCGCGCGACGGCGACUACCUGCGCGCCGUCAAGAAAGCUGCCGCUGCUGCCGCCGCCGCCGAGGGCGAGGGCGCCGAUGCCACAGCUGCUGCUGCUGCUACAGCUGCAUUGGUGCGGGAGCCCAUGUCCAUCCCUCUGAGAGAGGUCCGGGGGAGCGAUGACGGCGGUGAGAAUGGCGGUAAUGGCACGGAGGAGCUGACUCGGAGGAUCUAUUUCUGA